AUGUCGCGGAACUCCAUCGUCUCGUCCCUGCGGCAAUGCGGGGACGCGAUCGCGGGCAGGGCGAUCCACGCGCGGAUCCUCGCCGGUGGCUUCAUCGGCGACACCUUCCUGGCGAAUCUCCUCAUCCAGAUGUACGCGCGCUGCGGCAGCGUCGGCGAGGCGCGCGCAGUCUUUGAUCGCCUGGCGCGGAAGAAUCUCUUCUCCUGGACGCUGAUGAUCGCGGCGUAUCACGACUGUGGAUCCAGCGGCGACGCGAUCCUCCUCUUCCGGGCCAUGGCGCUCGACGGCGGAUCGCGCCCCGACGCCGUGCUGCUCGUCACCGUCCUGGGCGCCGUGGCGGCCGCGGGAACCCUAGCGCUGGGCGAGGCGAUCCACGCGCAGAUUGAUGCCGCUGGUGGAGAUCUCGACGUGUUCGUGGGAUCGGCGCUGGUGAGCAUGUAUGGGAGGCGCGGCAGCGUCGAUCACGCGGCCGCGGCGUUCGAUCGCAUCGAGGAGCGUAAUAUCGUUGCCUGGAACGCGAUGCUCACGGUGUAUGCCCAGGCCGGGGAUCCAGCGCCAGUGCUCCAGCUCGCGGCGGCCAUGGAUCUCGAAGGGCUGGAUUUCACGGACGUGAGCUACAUUUGCAUCCUCGAAGCCUGCGCGCUCCUCCGAUCGCUCCCGCGAGCGCGAUCGAUCUUCCAGCGGGCGCUGGCGUCGGGUUUGAUCGCGGUGUUUCCAGCGGUGGGGAAUUCCGCUGUGGACGCGCUGGCGCGGUGUGGCGGCGUGGAGGACGCGCGGUCGGCCUUCGAAUCCAUCGACUCCAAGACGGUGGUGUCGUGGACGGCGAUGGUGGCGGCUUACGUCCAGCACGGCCGUGGCGGCGACGCCAUCGCGAUCUUCCGGCGGAUGGACUUGGAGGGAUCCAAGCCCAACGAGGUGACGAUGAUCAACAUCCUCGGCGCUUGCUCCGCCCCGGAGGAUCUCGCGCGGGGGAGAGCUCUCAGCCGCCGUGUUCUUGUCAGCGGCCAUGGCGGGGGAGUGAUCGUGUCCAAUUGCCUCAUCGGCAUGUAUGGGCGAUGCGGGAGCUCGGCCGAGGCGCUGGCGAUCUUCGCCGCGAUACGCGAGAGAUCCACCGCGUCGUGGAACGCGGCCAUAGCGGCAGUGGCGAGAGAGGGCGAUUGGAGCAGGGUGUUUGAGCUCCAUCGCGAGAUGAUAGGCGAGGGGGUGGCGCCGGACGGGAUCACUUCCACGCUGGUGCUCUACGCUUGCAGCCACUCCGGAUCGGUGGAGCAAGGCUGCUGCUACUUCACGCUGCUGGGACAGGACUUUGGGAUCGAUCGAGAGGAGGGGCACUACAGCUGCUUGAUCGACAUGCUUGGCCGGGCGGGGAGAGUGAGGGAGGCGGAGGAGGUGAUCGAGGAGAUGCCUUGCCCGGCGAGCUUUGUGGCGAGCAAGGCUUUGCUUGCGGCUUGCAGGACCCAGAGCAACGUGGAGGUGGCGAGGAACACCUUCCAGCUCCAGAGCGAGUCGGCGUCCUACGUGCUGCUCUCGGACUUAUUCCGGCAGCUCCAGAGGAGAAGAUCUCCUUGUAAGUUUUGCUCGUGA